AUGAACUUGUUAAACUUUCUUCUGGAAGGAAAUCGGAUGGAGAAACCGAACAACUGCUCCGAUGAAAUUUACCAGAUCAUGCUCGCCUGCUGGUCACGUGAAUGUGAGGAGCGCCCCUCGUUCCAGAACCUGAGGGAAGAGUUAUUCGACCUGCAGAAGGAAGAACAACCUUAUGUAAAUGUGGAUCCCAGUCAGGCCCUCAUCUUGCCGCCAACAGCUGGCCGAGACACCGUCGGAAACCUUAUUGCUUUCAGUGACGGCACGUUCAGUGGGGAGACCGCUGAUCAUGACGAAGUAGAAAUGGAGGAGCUUCCAAAAGAGUUGAGCCCUGGAAAAAUGUCGCUACAAAAUGAGCUACCACCUUCCAGAGAAAAAGAAAACGCUGGUUACGAAAGCUCCAAUGAAUCAGAAGAUCUGUCAGCCUCGUUUGAAAAUACUGCUGACAUUGAGAUCGGCCCUACUCUACAAAAAGAAAAGCCGGUUGACAUUAACGAUACCAACUUCAUAUUGAUGGUUUAA